ACACACACACACACACACACACACACAGAACUGACAGACGAGAGGCAGCACUCAGGUGUACACACACACACACACACACUCACUCAGGUUUCUCCACAUGGCUCCUCAGAAGAAUAAACGCCGCAGGGUGAUUGAGGCCAGUUCUCACUUAAGCCCGCAGAACUUCCAGGACCAGGAUUUCCUAAAGCUGCGUCAGAAAUGUCUGGAUCAGAAAGUCAAGUUUGUGGACGAUAAGUUUCCUGCAGAUCGGCGCUCCAUCGGCUCGGGCCUGCUGCCCCUCCAAACUGCAGCUAAAGUGGUGUGGAAGAGACCUUCGGAGCUUGUGGAGAACCCGUGUCUUAUAGUAGAUGGAGAGUCCAGGUUUGAUUACUCUCAGGGAGAUCUGGGAAACUGCUGGUUUUUGGCUGCGAUUGGAGCGAUUACAUUCCAGAAGGACAUCAUGGAUCAAGUCGUUCCUGUUGAUCAGUCGUUUGAAAAGGAUUAUGCAGGGAUAUUUCAUUUCAGGUUCUACAGGAACGGUCAGUGGGUGGAUGUUGUGGUAGAUGACCAGUUACCAACAAUCAAUGGGAAGCUGAUCUUCGUUCACUGCAAAACCUGUAAUGAGUUCUGGCCUGCGCUGCUGGAGAAAGCCUACGCCAAAGUGUGUGGCUCCUACGCUGCACUCAAUGGUGGGUUUAUAUCCGAUGGUCUCCACGAUUUUACCGGCGGAACGUACAAAACAUUCGAGCUGAUGAAGGCUUCUGAUAACCUCUGGGAUCUGAUGGAACAGGCGGUGAAGCGCAGAGCUGUAAUGGGGUGUGGAACACCGCUUGGGGCCACUUCUGCUAACACUGUGCUUCCCAAUGGCAUCGUGGAGGGACACGCCUACACCAUCAGUGGUGUUACCAAGGUGAAGGUUCAGAAUAAGGUGGUGAAACUGGUCAGGCUGCUGAACCCGUGGGGAAAAGGCGAGUGGAAGGGAGACUGGAGUGAUAAGUCGCCUUUAUGGAAGCAGGUGAGCAAGCAGGAUCGGGAAACGUGGCUGGAGGAUAAAAACAACGGAGAGUUUUGGAUGUCGAUGGAGGAUUUCUGCAAGAGUUAUGAUGAGCUGGAUAUCUGCUCUAUUGGUGUUGACUUCCUCAUUUAACCCACAGCACACUGUCUAUAUUUUAUAAAAUAAAAGACCACAGAGCUGUACUGUGUUUCACCUCUGUCCAUUUCAUUUUCGACAUUCAAAAAUCUACAUUAUAAGAAGAUCAGUUUUGUUGAAAUGUAGAUCAUUGUUUAAAGUCAUGAAGUAAGUGGACUGUAAUGUAGUAAUGUGCACUGAACAUGGUGAGUUCCUCCCUACACUCCCCUCUCCAGCACCUUGCUGAGAUUUAGGGGUAUUUCUGUCUACAACUGCAGUGUGAUUAUGAACCUGUCAAUCAUGACAUCAUGGAUUUUAAAUAAAGUCCUAUUUCUAUUCAGGA